AUGGAUCCAUCCAGUCACUAUUCUUCAGAUUACGAGUCUCAGACUGAUGCUGCCGGUGCACCUCCCCCUGGUAAGUUUGACUAUCGUUGCCCAGACUAUGACAAUGUUGAUGUUCAUAGUGAUGUCAAGUUAGAGCUGGAAAGUGCCCAACUCGAGGUAGAGGCAGCAGAGGCGAUGCGUAGUGCGGCAACAGCCAAACAUAGGGCUGCUGAGAGGUUACGCCAUAAAGAUAAAACAGACUUUGUCAAAACUAUUCGGCGACCUUACAAUAUAGACAGUGUCGCUCCAAGAGGUCACGAGCCUUAUUCAGAUAGCGUUACACCUGAGAAUAUUCGUAAUAAAGCUGUAUAA